AUGUGGAUUGAGCCUUGGCUCUCGGCUCUAGUGGCAGCCACCAGACUGGGCAAUGUCGAGUCAAUUGCAAUUGACUGGUCUCACCUGGCACUUUGCGCCAGUGACGCCAGUGACGCCAGUGCCCAAAGUACACAAUGGCGAUCUAUUCGAUUCAUCAGUGGUCUUGUCUGGUCUGGCCAAGUCGAAGGUGCAGCUUCCCCCGUCGUGGCAGCAGGACAACUAGUACUUGACCAGUUGAUCAGUGUGGACAGAACAUUGAACGGUCCAGAUGUCCUGUCUGGUUCAAUGUUGCCUGGCAGUCCGGUCUGGUUCAUCUGCGCAGACGCCAAGUUCCCCAGCUCUGCCUUCCCCAUUCUAUUCAGUCGUUGUACCGGCUGGGUCGCUCCUGCUCAGCCUUGGCCCGCUGAAUGCCAAUUCGGAAGGCAGUCCCCUCGCUGUGGCCACUGA